AUGCCUUUCUUUGGAUUAUUUAGAGGAAUAAUUUAUACUGUUCUCACUACAACAUUGUUCGUCAGCUGUAACUCAAUAAUAGCGUUGUCAACAACUUGCUUUGUGGCGAUAAGCAAGCCAAUGGAAUAUAAAACGAUCAUUACUAAGAGAAGAGUCAAGAUAUUUAUCGCUGUUUUAUGGGUAAUUUCUUUGUUCACCUGUAUUCUACCUGUGACUAGCGUGUCCGAGGAAACAUAUACGAUGAUUUAUCUUCACACGCACGCUACUGUACCGGCUAUUUUGUUGACUGUGAUUUACGCUAACGUGUUUCGCGCUCUCGCGCGGAGAACACGCGAAGUUCAACGAGAAGGUUACGACUCGAUUGUUAGUAACGCACUGGAACGUGAGAAAAAAAUGGUCAACGCCAUUGUCAUAAUUCUUGCGUUGUUUUACAUCACGUACACGCCUCAGUACAUAACUCUUCAUCUAUUGUACUUUUGCGAAUCAUGCAAGAAAUCGUUAACUUUCCACAUGAUCGAUGUAGCCUUGUCUAGAUUUUUGUACAUUAAUUCAGCUAUCAAUCCCUUUGUGUAUGCUUGGAGAUUGCCGACUUAUCGCCAGGCCUUUCAAGAUUGCUGGAAGAUGUGCCUUGGCAAACUUAGAAUCACUUCACCUAAAUCAAUCCCUAUUCCACUGCGUCAAAGGCCGAAUGGAACGUUUUUGGAUGGUAGGAGCAGAGCACAAAGUGAGCUAACUAUAACUGAAUCAUCCAACCUUUAAAUUAUUCUAUAAAAGUAAAGAGAAAGAAAAGUUAAGCAAGCGUUACUAAGUAAACAAGUGAGAUAGCGCUUUCUGGAUAAAUAAAUAUGUUAGGGUUAGGUUUAUAUAUUUCGCGCUCUCGCAUAUUUCGCUCGAUCGUUUUCUUCUUUAAGGAAAAGAAAAAGCUAACUUGUAGUAUACGACUUCAGCAAGCGAGCCUGGGUCCCCCCCGGGCAAGCGAGGACGACGACAAACGUUAGGUCUAAAUGAUGUAAAAAUAGAACAUCCGCAAGAGAGUUAAAAGUGGCACAUUUCUCCCUUCCGACGUUUCUUUACCCUGUGGGCAGACGUCUCCUAAUUUCUUUGUUGCACGCGGAAAAUUGUUCCUUUUCCGUGCCCAUUUGACAUGUUUAAGAAAACGUCUUCACCACAAAAAGAAAUAUCAAAUAGACAAUCAAGGAUGGUCGGAAACUGUGAACCAUUAACUUCCCAGCAAGAGAGAAUGAGCUUAUUAUAGCUCAUUCUCUCUUGCUUCCAAGUUAUUCUUAUGGUAAUUUCUAGUAAACUGCUUGAAAAUAGAAUCGGUUUAAGGCUUUAAAUUUUGCCCCCUCAGUUUUCGUGACUUUGCGACCUUCAUCAGCUUAGGAUCCUUAGUAAAGAACGAUAAAAAACCCCUUAAUAAUUUUUUAGCAAUAGUUGAAGGAAAAUCAGUCACGUAGUUUCUAUAAUAAAAAUAACCGAACAAAAAUAACCUUUUAUUGUCGCUCCUUUGAAAAAAUAUGGGAAUAUCAUUUAAUCAUUAUUUCUGAUAAUUGUUUUUGUUUUUUACACGCUUCGUUCACUUCCUCGUUUCAAUUUCUGAUGAAUUUUUUAGGCGUAGCAAUUUUUUAAAGCUUAGACACUGGAGAAGGCGAAGAGGAAUAUUUUCUCUUUUGAGAAGCGAGUGAACGGAGUAUGAAGGAGACGACUCUGAAGCCGUCACCACUCCUCACGGGUUACUCGAGUUCUGCAAGGAUAUUUGUAUUUCAUACUGUAGCCUACCACGGCUUCAUCACGCGCCUCAGUGCGAAACACACGCUUCGAUCUGCAUGCAUAAUUCUUGAUAACAUACAUGAGCCUCAAAAACAUUUACUUAUUGAAACAUGGAGAGUGAUAUUGGCAGAUCUAAGUUGGCCCUUUGAUAUUUUAGUACAAUCAGUUUAAAGAAUAAUUCCCUUGUUAAAAUUCAGGUGUGUGGAUUACGAACUGAAAUCUUGAUUUAAAAAAAUUCAAAAUUAAUGGUCGCCACAGCUAUUUCAAUAUACGUCAAGAAAAGCAAACAGGCUGUAAGCCACGACCUUUCUUUUGUAAGCGACCUGACAAGCGCAUAAGCGACCACCUGUGCAAAACACCAAAGUUUCCCUAGUCAAAGCCCUAUAAUUAGAACCCCUCAUAAGCGACCACGAACACAGUUGGGUCCCACGGUUUAUAGUUUUCCAUUGUUUUAAUAGAGAGGUUAAACAUGUUUACGUCUGACGGCAAACGCGAAUUUGUGCCACGUGACCAAGUUUCCCCUUUACUUUCGAUUUACUUGUCGUUUACUGUUCAUUAUUUCAACACAUAAAUUAGUAGUUUCACACAAUCUUUUAUCUAUAAAAAUUGUUUUGAGCUGUUUUUAUCUGCUAAUUUUCUAUUUUGAGAAAUUCUCAACUUAAAUCUGACGUUUGCCGUAUACGUGACGCUUAAACUCUCUAGUCUGUAAGCUGUUAACACUCAUCUAGUGCUAUUCUAGUUUGCUGUACUAGUACGCCAAUCAGCCGAAUACGAAGAACUUAAGUGACAACCUGGAUCUACAUGAAUACCUAAAAUAACUGGCAAAUUGCAUGCAAUGAACACCCUGUCAAAAAGUAGAAGUACCGGGACCUCUUUUGGGUAAACGCUUCGGGAGUUGAAACUGUAUCUUCAAAUCCCUGUGAUUAACUGCCGAAAAGCAUGUCAGCCGCUAACGUAUUAAUGGGAGCUAAAACGUUGUUUAGACUAUCCUGUGUACCAGAGGUUUUUUCCUGCGUGCAGAGGGAAUCUUCGGUGUCUGCCGAAGACACACUCGCGGGCGAAACCUAGUUUAUUGAGUAGGGACAUUGAUCGUUGGUUACAAAAUUGCAUCAUAUGUCUUUCACCAUGUACCAGAACUUGUUGAUAACUUAUCGCAACAAGUUUACAAAAGAUGGUUUUACCAACUCUACCAAAAAUUAAAUCCAGUAUAGCCUUAAGGGUGUCUGAACAAAGUUUCUUUAGUGGAGAGUGGUAACAAAGCGGGAGAAAAUGUUAUUAUUAGACUAAACGGUUUCUUUUUAUAUUAUUUUUUAAUUAAUCAGCAACUUCCGCUGAUCCUAGAUACUGCAUACACUCAAAAUACUCCAUCUAAAAAACAUCGAAUGAUGUAAAGCUCUCCAAUAUAUUAUGUGUCUUUCUCACACAACAGCGACCAUUUUAGUGCUUACGUCUCCAUUAAGGUUUAUUGUCCUGUUUUGGCUCCCAGAUUUUAAUAGCCACCAGUCGAGGCAAGAGAGUGAACCCUCGGAGCGACGUUGGAGUAAAACGUGCUCAGACCCCACACCGAGACUGUAAAAACAAUGCUCGCAGCAACGACUUUUCUUCGUUUGUAAUGAAAGAGCUGGAAAAAUGAGACAACUGGAAGUAGCAUGUAAUUGGGAAGUAGGAUGUAACUAGGUUUUCUAAUCAGGAUAGCUGGGAUCUAAGAUGAAAAAACAAACAAAAAAACAAACAAACAAACAAAAAACAAGUAAUAAUGAACGUAAAAAGUCGGCGGCUUUCGGCGGCAUCCGAAGCCAUUCUUUGGUCAAACGUCGAACUUUACAUGGGACGAACCUUAUGCUAAACUGGAGAAAGAACAACAGUUUCGCUCAUUAGCAUUAGAAGAAAAAAGUUUCAAUACUAACAAAAGCAAAUUCUUCAAACAAACGCGAGCAUCAGUUUCCUACCUUGACUGGCAAUUUCAAAGUUUUUUGCUGAAGCCAAGAUAUUCUUUAUUCCUGCCGACAGUUGUAUAAACAGUGCAAAGAACUUAGCAUAUUAUAAACAAUAUCAGUAAAUAUUAAACAAUGAACAUUAAAAUGCUUGUUGUAUACCAAUUUUCUUAGUUGAAUCAAAGUACUGAAUUUCUUAUGUGCUUCUUCAAUAUUAUUCACACAUUAUACGAGCAUAAGGGAAGCGUUACGUUAGUGGAAUGUGAUAUCGGGAGGGUGGCAUUUGAUAUUUGGCACAUCCGUAUACGUAAUUAAAGGUUUCGUGAGUAAAUUCAAGGUCAUUCCAGUGGCGUUAUCGUUAGCUCUGCCAGCCAAUAUGUCGGCACUGAAUUCUUCGGAUCCAAACUUUGAUAUUUACCUGUCGAUAAUUCAAGACAAAGGCUACUGGUUGACUUUAGCAUUCGUUGGAUUUUUUCUGGCCUUCACCAUUAUAAUGGGAAACUCACUUCUCCUCUUCAUAACUUACAAGGAUCCUCGAAAAACGCUUCGUACUCCACCAUGUUUAUUGAUCGCCAAUUUGAGCGCUUCUGACUUACUUCUUGGGCUGUUAAACGUUUCUCUCGUGGCGGUGAGAGAUGUGUAUCGUUACAAACAAGUUAAUAUGCCUUUCCUUGAAUUAUUCAGAGGUAUUAUGUCUACAGUUUUUAUUACAACAAUUUUCGUUAGUUGUUACUCAAUAGUAGCUAUGUCAACAACGUGCUUUGUGGCGAUUAAUAAGCCAAUGGAAUAUAAAACAAUCAUCACUAAAAAUAGAGUCAAGAUAUUUAUCGGUGUUUUAUGGAUGAUUUCUUUGUCGACCUGUGUUCUACCUGUGGCGAACGUUCCUGAGAAAACUUAUACCAUGAUUUAUCUUCACACGCACGCAACUGUACCAGCCAUUUUGUUGACUGUGAUUUACACGAACGUGUUUCGCGCUCUCUCGAGACGUACACGCGAAGUUCAAAGAGAGGGCUACAACUCUGUAGCGAGUAAAGCACUGGAACGUGAGAAAAAAAUGAUCAAAGCAAUUGUUAUAAUUCUUGGAUUAUUCUACAUCACAUACAUGCCUCAGUAUGUAUCUCUCCAUCUAUUGCACUUUUGUGAAUCAUGCAAGAAGUCGUUAACUUUCCACAUGAUUGAUGUAGCCUUGUCUAGGUUUCUAUACAUAAGUUCCGCUAUCAAUCCCUUCGUGUAUGCUUGGAGAGUACCGAAGUAUAACCAGGCCUUUCAAGAUUGCUGGAAGAUGUGCCGUGGUAAACUGAGAAUUACCUCCCCUAAAUCGUUUGCUUCCUCUCUUCGUCAAAGCCAGCUGCAAAGUGGCAUUGAAAUGUCUGUGGGUGCUAGGGACAGAGCACAAAGGAAGCCAACUGAGUCAACCAAGCUUUGA